AUGGAUUUCGACCGGAAUGCCAUAGGAUCUCUGGAGGACGUCCAUCGGGAAUGGGACAGCCUCGAGACCGAGCGUGCCAAGGUGGAAGACAAGCUGCGGAGUUUGGACGCACCAGCUGGGGGCAGGGGCGGUGGCUUUGGCGGGCGGGGGGUAAGGGUCAUUGGCGGCGGCAGGGGCAGGGACAGGAGUGGCGGGGGAGACUGGCGCAGGGAUAGGCCCCGCGACACCAGCAAUGGCGGUCGCGAGGAGGCCCCGCACAGACCUUCCCAAGCAUCGCGAGACAAGUACCGCGCGAUGUCGGGUAAGUGGGAGCGAGGGCUAGACCCUGCAACGGCUGCCAUGGACGAUGACGCCCCGCCGGAAGGCAGGGGGAGGGGCGGCGGCGGGGCGGCGGGGCUUCGGGGUGGCACCAAGGGUUCCAUCGCGCACUACCAACGCCCCGCAGACAGCCACGGUGACAGGAGGGGACGGGGUGGAGACCGCGGCGUUGCCCCGAUGCAUGGAGCUGGUGUGCGGGGGGGCAGGGACGGUAUGCGGGGCGAUAGGACCGGCGACAGGGACGUCUUCUCGCGGGGAGGACGAAGCGGAACGCGGGGGGAUAGGGCGCGGGGGGACUUCGACCGGUUCAGGAACGAUGGCUCGGGGGGACGAGGAGAAGGGUCGCGGGCACGCCGCGAGUCUAAUGGCGUCGGGGGUGGCAACGGUGAGCCGGAAGCGAAGCGACCUCGGGUGACGAGCACGAUUGUCGUCGCGGGCGACGAGGACACGAUCGGAGACGGGACGACGGAAAACGGCGAGCUGGACCGCUGGAACACCGAGCUUCCCCCCGCAUCACCACCACCAGCGGCAGAAGCUGCUGCAGCAACAGAAACAGAAACAGCAGUGACGACAACAACUCCAGACGACGACCUCGUGGACUACGAGCCGGAGGCAGAACCAGAGGAGGACACCGCUAGCGGGCCUCCCCCCGCCGCUGCCGCCGCCGCCCCCCCUGGCGAGGCAACGGGCCAGGAAGGCGAGCAGCAGCCCAUGGAGGAGGACGACGGCGGCGGGCGUAGGCCCGUCGGCAAGAUCGUGGUCGUUUCGGGCGGCGGCCCUAGAGGGCGCGCUGCCAACAUCGGCGGCGUCGCCGGCAGCGGCGGCGGGCGCGGGAGCCUGGCCAGCAGGCUGGGCCCUCCCAUGGGGAGGCCCGUGAUGGUUAAGGGGGGUUCGGGGGACAACGGCGGGGAAGGGGGCUUUGUGCCGCUGUCGGAGAGGCCCAUGCCGGAGCCCUCGAAGCCAGAGCUUCACGUGGCGUAUAAGGACGGGGACACCAAGAAGCGAAACAGGAGGAUGUUCGGUGGCCUCAUGGCCCACCUCGGCCGAGCGCGACAGCAGCUAGACCACGACAAGUCCAUUAUCGAGCGGCAGAAGAGCGUGGUCGAGAUGGCGGCGAUCAGGCAGGCGCAAGAGAAGAGGCAACGCCGACAGACGGCUGAAAUUGCGGCUCGUGAGGAGCGCGACGAGGAGCUGCACAAGCGCGACUACAUCCGCGCGAGGCAGCAGAAGACCUUGGUUGCUCUUCACGGAAACGGUUUCAUCGCCAACCAGGAGCAGCUCAAGGGGUUCAUCUUCACGAAGACCCUGCCCAAGCUAGCUUGGUCACCCAACGAGCAUACCGACGUUACCCAGGCUCUCCUGGCAGACUCUAGCAAGGAGAUUGACGGUAACAUCGAACGGAGGAAAGAGGCCGACGACAGGGAGUUCCAGGAGAUCGACGCUUCGGUUGCCGAGCGAGCCGCGACGCGGGCCAGCCGGAGGAUGGCACACGCUCUGGGGGUGCGGCAGACGGGGGUGCCGCAGAUGGGGGGGCGGCAGGACAGGGACGCUAACCCCCACAGAGAAGGCAACGGGCAUCGCUGGCAGAUGGAGGCGGGAGCGAGCGACACAAAUGGGGAGGGUCCCGGCCAAGCCCUCACGGUCGCUCAGGAUGAUGACGACGGCAAUGCUGGUGAGACAGAGGACACUGGCGGCGCCUCGCCCAUGAGCCAAGACGUGGUCGAUGAUGCAGAUCAGCCUGGGACGGCGGUGCUGGAAGCGGACGGCGGCGAGGGCCGGAAAAUGGCUGGCGGUGCCGGGGACGGGACAGAAGUGGACGGCGAUGAUGUCGGCGUCGCCACCGGCUUGGCCGAGGCUGACGAUGCAGAGGGACAGGAGGGAGCAGAGACAUCUCCGCGCAGGAGCUCCGCACUUGCCGCCGCAGCAGGCGGUGAUUUGUCCACUGGGGAGGAGGAGAAUAACGGUGGUCGUAGAGGCGGCGGCGACGCCGAGAAGGCGGGCGGCGGCGGCGGUGGUGGUGAUGGCGGCGGCAGGGUGGAAGGCAGGACAGGAGCCAUUGCCGAGGCGAUUGGCGAGGAGGAGGUGUCCCGGGCGGGCGGGGGCGGGGAUACCGAUGCCGAAGAAGGAACGAAGAAGAAAAAAAAGAACAGCAAGAAGGACAGGGGAAGCAGCAGCAGCGGGCGCAAGAAGUCUUCUCGGCGCAGCAGCGACAAGUAGCCCGAGAAGGGCAGGCGUGUUGCGGUCGUGGGCGAGCGUCGGACGGGAUGUCCUGGACAAGUCCAUCCGGCUGAACUCCCAUGUUUUUUCGUGUAUGUUCGUGUAUCGACCGCGCUAACCGGCGGGCCAAUUGAAAGACGUCGGUCUUACAUUAGCGGGAUGUGUGUGUUUGCUUGGCGCGUGUUGAUUUUUUUUUUUUUUUAUGCGGAGGUGAGGAGACGGGAAGAACGGAGGCGGCGCGCUCGGUUCGUGCUCCGGAGAUGGAGGAACCGAGUGCCGUGACAGGGUUGGCAGCGGUUCGUAUCACGGGUAGAUGAGCGGGGGCGGACGAGGCUCAUGAGCAGCAGUCCGGGGAAGGCAACGAUUCCACUUUUCUCUACAAUGGGUUGGGUUGUACCGACGUUUUACGUUUGCGGGGCGCAAGCACCCGGGAGGAAGUAUUUCAGUGCGCUCGACAGCAGCCUCAUGCCGUUUAGAAAGGAUUCGCUGCCUGGUGUGCUGCAUUCGCCAUUAAAUACUGCAGCCCCGUUACCCGUGUCCAAUGAGUCCAGGACCGAAGCCUGAGGGGUUGAAAUUGGAGGGUUGCGGUGCGGUGGCGUGUUUGUGGGGUGCCGAUGUGCCUCGGUUCUUUGAUCGUAACAAAGUUUUGAUUUACGGUUGUCUUGGCCCCGAUAUAGAAGCUCUCGUGAGUCGACAGGCUAAACCGCAGGGUUCCAUGGAAACUGCCGCGUGCGAGCGACGGAACAUGGCGGAACCACACACCAGGAGAGGUGGAGCUAGCUAUAAUUGCUGUUUCGGCUUCGUAUGAGGUCGUCGGUGAAUCCCAAGUCAUGCUUAGUCCGUAGUUUCCGGCGGAGCGUUAAGAGCUCCUUUCGCCUUUUGGAUUGCACAGCGUUGGUUCCUGGGCGAUACGCAACCUAUCGUGGGUGUUGUCAUCGCAACCAUGCUGUAGAUCUUGCGUCGCGGUUUUGAGGUUUGAAGUGGUCCUGCAGUAACGCGGGAGUGAUGUUGGAAACCGCUACCCCGCGAGUAAAGUCGCAGGUUGGGUUUGAACCGAGAACUGAUCCUGCAGUUGCGCGGGAAAGUCACCUUGAAACGAUCCACCGCGAGUAGGGAAACCGCCUGGUUUUCCCUUCCUACGUUGCGAUGACUUGAGUUUGCAAGGCAGGCGAUGUUAUCGGGCUUCCGCUGGGGUCAGGGACAUGCAAAUAAUAAUCGGAUCUACCCAUAAGAAGAUCAAGACAAAAGCCAGCGUUUCCCUUCCUUUCGCUGCCUGACCCCUGCCGGUGCGUCUAAAACACAAGGACAUGUCUAGGACUGGAAUGGCACCCACAAAUACACGGGACGCCACCACAGACAUCAUACAGUCGGCCGCACGUGAUGCUUACAAACGCGUCAUGAAAGACCGCGUCAAGGAUUAAUAUAUCGGUGGGUUUCGGCGCCACCUGCUGUUGGUGUUUGAUCGAAUGCCGCAGGACGACAUUGACGACCUUAGUCGACAGAACGGCAAGGCAUCAAGAGUAGACGACAGAAAUUUACGUGUUUUAAUGUUACGUUACCACAAGUGGGAGGAACUCAUCGUACACAGCGUCGGGGAAACGGCGGAUCAGACGAGCGGAACGCCAUCACCGCAGCAUCAACGCACGUGCUUCUCGUCGAUGGGCUUUCGCGCGGACUGCCGAUCACACGCCCCCGGUUAAGCCCAAAACAGAGCCAUUCACGCCUGCCCAUUCGAUGGGCGGCAAGUAUUCUUAGCAAUAGAGCUGAAGAAAAGUUGCUACCCGCAUCUCCUCUGUUGUCACCGUGGGAAAAGAGGACAACGCUGAGCAAUAAUAUCAGUGGCCCACAAUAAUACUCAAUAAAGGACGUGCGGUAAAAAUCGGCCGCGGGAGAGAUAAUUCCCGAUCCCUCGGGACAACACGUUGCCGUGCCGCAGGAAAGCCUGGGGUCAACACAGCCACAAGACAGGAACAAGUCUUCUACGUUUACGUCUUGGGCGAUCACCGUCGCUGUUUGUAGAUAAGCAAUCGGCGUUGGUUGCUACCGCAUGCUCCAAGGCUCCGCCACCUCCGCCGUCCUCAAGAUCCUCUUGUCUUGCCGCUGAUGCCCGUGCAAGCCGAAAAGAGAGACAUACAAACCUUCCAAGACGGCUUGGUUGACCGUGCGUGGCACUCUACGCAGCAUAGACUGAAAAAAUCAAAGGAAGCUGCGUGCUUCCGAGUUGCUUGGCCCCCCGCUCCACUUGUCAGGUUGCAUUGAUGAAAAAUGACGAAAAAUUACGUGUCGCCUACCACUGGACGCUGGAUCAAGAACGGUCUUAAAGACCGGGGACAUUCUGGUGAAUCUCCCGGGUUUGAAUCAUUUUUCUAACAAAAAUGGUUGUCCCGCGAGAACCCUCCCCC